GGGUUUACAGACCAUUGUCGCAACUCACAAUGACUAAGCACUGGCAUUCAAAUCAGUCGUUGGAAUGUCCCUCCCAUUAGUCCAACUACGUCGGGCGUUGUGUGGACUUCCUGGUCAUGGAUGUACUGUUACAGUUAACUCGGAUGCAGGCGUGUUUUCUUACAUUUCGUCUAUCUGUCUCAACGUCUAGAGUUCUCAGCCGAAGCAUGGCGGCUGAUUCUGUCACCCGUUUCGAUUUUCUGGUGGUAGGAGGUGGAUCCGGGGGCUUAGCCGGUGCACGAAGGGCGGCAGAGCUUGGCGCCACUUGUGCUGUGAUCGAAAGUCACAAACUUGGAGGUACCUGCGUAAAUGUUGGUUGUGUUCCUAAGAAGGUUAUGUGGAAUGCAUCAACCCAUGCUGAAUAUCUUAAUGAUCAUGCAGACUAUGGCUUUGAGGCAGCACAAACCCACUUUAGUUGGCAACUGAUUAAAAACAAAAGGGAUGCUUAUGUUGGCCACCUGAAUGAGAUUUACCAGAAAAAUCUAGACAAGGCCAAAAUUCAGACCAUUCAAGGCCAUGCACGAUUCACUGAUGACCCAGAGCCUACUGUUGAAGUCAAUGGCAAGAAAUACUCUGCACCACACAUCCUUAUUGCCACUGGUGGACACCCGUCUACAGUUAGUGACAAGGAUGUGCCAGGAGCUGGUCUUGGCAUUACCAGCGAUGGAUUUUUUGAACUCGAAUCAUGCCCCAGACGCAGUGUUAUUGUGGGGGCAGGAUAUAUUGCUGUUGAAAUGGCUGGAAUCCUGUCCUCUCUAGGGUCCAAAACAUCACUUAUCAUUCGUCAGGGUGGGGUACUGAGGAACUUUGAUGCCUUGAUAAGCUCAAACUGCACCAAAGAACUGCAAAACAGUGGUAUUGAUUUGUGGAAGAACACUCAGGUAAAGUCAGUACAGAAAACUGAAAAGGGUCUGUGUGUCACACUGGUGACAAAGGACCCAGAAGACAGGAAUGCAGAGGAAAAGACUAACAGCAUUCAAGGCAUUGACUGUUUGUUGUGGGCCAUUGGGAGAGAGCCCAACACAGCUGGCCUCAACCUCAGUCAGAUGGGUGUGGAGCUUGAUUCAAAGGGGCACAUUGUGGUCGAUGAGUUCCAGAACACCUCACGCCAGGGCAUCUAUGCAGUUGGAGAUGUUUGCGGGAAGGCACUCCUUACACCUGUUGCCAUUGCUGCUGGACGAAAACUUGCACAUCGACUGUUUGAGGGCAAAGCAGAUUCUAAAGUGGACUAUAGUAAUAUUCCUACUGUUGUCUUCAGUCACCCCCCUAUUGGCACUGUAGGACUAACUGAAGAUGAGGCUGUCAAGAGCUGGGGAAAGAGAAGUGUGAAAAUUUAUACAACUUCUUUCACUCCCAUGUACCAUGCCAUCACAACACGUAAGACUCAUUGCAUCAUGAAGCUGGUGUGUAUAGGAAACGAGGAAAGGGUUGUUGGGCUGCAUAUGCAGGGUCUUGGGUGUGAUGAAAUGCUUCAGGGUUUUGCUGUGGCCAUCAAGAAGGGUGCUACCAAAGCAGACUUUGACAACACUAUUGCCAUUCACCCUACAUCUUCAGAGGAACUAGUGACAAUGCGUUGACCUGAUUAUCUUGGAAGUUCUUUUACAUCCCUGUUGAUCAUUAGACAUUAACUGUCCUCAACUCCCCUGAUCAGCCUGUAUGUAGGCAACCUAUUCCAAGUUGCCCAAUACUUUUAUACAGAUGUCUCAGCUAAAUUCCCAGGCUCUUUUGCAACACACAGUUUGAUAUCACUAAUCAACAACCAUGUCUCAAGUUGGAGAUUAAGUUUUUUCUGCAUUAGCUUGAUUUGUUUUAUGCCAAACACACCCCUGGUCUUUGUUGCUAGCAUAUAAUUGUAUUUUAACCUCAAGAUACAACCAAAGCCUGCAUUUGUUCAGCUUCUUGAACAAAGUUUUGCCAUUCAAAUUAUUCUCCUCAAUGUGUGUUGGAAGAAAAAUCUAUCGCCCUUCUUCUAGAUGGGCUAGUCACAGCUCCAGUUGUUGUUUAUAGCCCUAAUAACAAAGAGGUGAAAAUCUGUUGUUUUAUAGCCAUUGCUUGAUUUAUGAAGAUAAGCAGCUCUUUGUCUUAUUUGUUUGUUCUCUGAUCAUUCCCAAGUUGAUGGGUAAAUAAAGGUGUUUUGCGUGCAUGUCAUCUCAUUUAUAUCCCAGUGAUGAAAAUACAAGGUUAGAUUUCUCAACAGACAAUUGCUAGUUUUCCCUUAAUCUGUAAACUAGAAUAGAACUGUUUGUUGUUGUUUUUUUUUGUUUUUUUUGCCAGCAAUCAACGCUAUGUAUCACAUAGGAGAUUCUAUGCCCGUCCCUCCAUAAGAUGUUCAGUUGUAAACAUAUUUAUUUUUAAUAUGUUGCUUUAAUAUCCAUUACAGAGUAAUAUUAUACAAACUUUAUUAAACCAAUGACAGACUUUUAGCUCAUCCAUAAAAAGUAUAAUUAUUAUUAUUACUACUACUACUAACUAGUAAUAGUAGUAGUAGUAUCUAGAAACAGAAAACUAUGCAGGUCACCUGCAUGUUUCCCAUAGUAGAGACCCAGAUAAGCAAAGUAAUAUAGAAUCAAUGUUGAUAUAGCAUAAUCUUUUUCUUUUUUGGUUCAAAUCAACUACAAAUCAAAACUGCCAUAGGUUGAAUUCUUAAACAUUGUUUAAAUACUGAAAGCAAGACAUUAAAUGAUCACUGAAUUGUAGUCAUUGUCUUCAACCAUACCAAGUCUGCCAGCAAAGAGGCUGUUUGUUUGUGUGUCAGAACCGCUGGCUGACUAAGACCAAGACUCGCACAGAAACGGUAUCUGAGCUCAGUGAGACUUGCUUAAAAAAAGAUAUUGUUUCCAAUGACAAAGGCAUUUCCCCUGUGGGCUUUGUAUGUAUACCAUGAUAUAUGAACAAUAAACUGUUGUGCUUCUAA